AUAACCUCAAAUGCAUUUCAAUUGAAAAAUAGCGGUUUGAAAAAUAAAAGUGGAAUGUCAUACUGUCACUAUCGUUCGGCAGUGAGCUAUGGUGUCUCGUUAAUAAAUAGCAGUACAGAUUCAAAUUAAUCAAAAAUAAGAAAAAUUAGAUCGAUAAGAAAAAACACAAUGACUUUUCUCAUAGAAAUCGUAUUAGUUGUGGCUUUUCUGGUAAUUGUCCAUAUUGCGAUUCAUCGGUGGGUAAGCAAAAAACCAUUACGAUCAAUUCGAGACCGACAUGUUGUGAUAACUGGUGGCUCGCAAGGCAUUGGAUUUUGGAUUGCGGUCAAUUGCGUAAAAUUGGGUGCUCAUGUCACAAUAAUAGCCCGCAGUGUUGAAAAGCUGGAGUCAGCGUUGGAAAAGAUACAGUUGCACCGCGUCAACGAUAAGCAAUUGAUUCAGUAUCGUUCGAUUGAUCUGUCAAAAAGUUAUGACAGUGUCAAAAAUGCACUAAGCGCACUGGAGGAAGAUACUGCGCCAAUUUACAUGCUGGUGAACUGUGCUGGCGGAGCAAUUUGCGGGAGAGUAGAUGAAAUAUCACCCGAUGACGCAGUUUAUUUGAUGAACAUCAACUAUUACUCCGUGUACUAUCCGACGCGUUAUGUGCUCACGAAAUUCAAAGAAACUGGAGAUGGGAUCAUCACUAUUACGGCGUCGCAAGCUUCACUCGUGGGAAUCUACGACUACGGACCAUAUGCAGCAGCCAAGUUUGCAUUACGCGGUUUAGCUGAAACCAUUGCCAUGGAAGUGUCGAACACCAAUAUAUCCAUUACAUUGGCAUUACCGGCCGAUACAGAUACACCUGGAUUUGAAAAUGAGAACCGAACCAAGCCAGAAGAAACGAAAAUCAUUUCAGGAGGGGGCGGAUUGGCGAAGUCAGAAAAUAUGGCUCAUAAGAUUUUAACCGAUUCAUUGAGCGGUCAUUUCAUCUCAAUAUCAGGAUUUAAAAGUUGGAUGCUAACGAUAAUUUGCUCUGGAAUGAUGAAAGUGGCGUUGAUCUGGCCCAACAGUUUUUUGCGCAGAGAUGAAUCGAAAGUUGAAGUGGAUAGUGUCCGAAAGCCUUCGAUUGGUGUCGAAAAAUCUGACCAAAAAGAAGAAACAAAAACUAGUAUCUCAUCAACGUCGGCUAAUCGGAGUACAAUCACUUCGGUCACAUUCAGUACAGCGACCACGACA